AUUGGUUGUGAAAAAUAUUUGGAUUUGGUAUAGUUUUUUUCGGGUAACAAUUGCAAUACUUUAUAGUUGUGUUUUCUUUAAAGAUAACUGCAUGAAUUAUAAUACAUUUAAAAUAGUAUGUGCUGCUUUCAUUUACACAAUCAGUCACACUAGACACUCGUGACGUACGCAUAGUUCUAAACGCGCUCACACAGAGAAUUUAUGGUUAAUGAAAGCAAGAUCCAUAAUUUGCUACACAUAAACUUAAACGUAAGUUAGCUUCUCUAUAUUCUAAUCGAACAAUAUAAAAUUCUCACGAGCAUGCAAAAUUAGAUUUUUUUAGAAACAUUAAAAAUGGACCUAACAGACUUUAUUUUUUAUUAUCAUGUUUAUGAUUUUCGGAAUAUUUUAAAUUUCAUAUACUCUCCUGAUUAAGUUAAACAUCAGACUAAUCACUAUCACAUUCGCCAAAUAACGAUUUUAAAAAAAAAUGUUUUUUGAAAAUGUUAUUUUUUUAAAUAAUCAUUAUUUUGUAAUAUUUGAUUGUAAUUAUUGAUUGUAAAUACAACAAAUUGAAUUUAGUCCACGACGUGUGAUUAAGUAUUAAAACAACAACACCUUUUAGCGCAUUUUAUUUAAACAGUGAGGCCUUUAAAUAAUUUUAAUAAUUAUGUACACAUUUAAUAAAGUCUCACAUAUAUCAGCACAUCUCAACCUAUUUGUCGUGAAUUCAGGUGAUCUUCCGACUAUAGACCAGGUUUUAAUUUUAAAAAUCUUCAGAAAUUUGCGUUAUUCGUUCCUUUUACAUGCAUUUUUAUCUUAUUCGUACCAUCUUUCUUUUUUCGUAUUCAAAAUGAUUUAAAAUGUGUUCGGGCAAGAUAUGUGUGUCAUUGUCCAUAUUUUGUACUUGCACUACUUACCGUUCAAGCUAAAGCUAAAGCUAUUUUUAAAUUGAUUCAUUCGUUAGCUAUCCUCCCCAACCACCAUUAUAUUCUUUACACCUGUUUUUAAAUUUAUAGAAAUAAUUAUGUUACGGGUUUGAAAACUUGACAAAAACUUUUCAAAAUGUAACCCUAUUAAAUACAUUUUGGGAACUGCUGACUAAAAUGAAAUUUGCUUAUUUCAGAACCUGUGCCAGUAGGUGCUAUAAAUAUCUUUACUACGAGGGGUUUUUUUUAAUUAAUUGAUUUAAUUUUCGUAAUAAUCAUAUAAUCGUUAUGAAUUCAUCACGGCUAAAUUGCGAAACUCCUUAAAAUUUAUGUAAUAUGAAAGUGUAACAAUGUUAUUUAUGUUAGGUAGCUCAAUAAAUGUAUUCGCCAACUCGCACCAGCAUUUAUUUGGUAUUUCGCAGUUAACUGCUAUAAAGUGUGUAUACAAAUAUUCUUGUUCUAUACUUUAACCAAAGAAAGCAUUAUUUCUUAAAGAGAGAUUGAGAAAAUGUCCUCCCCAAACAAGCAAAAUGAGAUGUGUCAUAAAAUCCUAACACAACAAGUUGGUGCACUUCAGGAAGUAACAGAACAUUAUAACAAAACGUUGUUGGAAUUUUUAGUUAAGGUAAUCUAAGUCUAACAAAUUUUAAGCUUGUAAAAGUGUAACGAAUUUUAAGGUAAUCUAAAGUCUAAGCUAUUUUACAAACCGAAUUUUAAAAUAUUUUUUUUUCAUCAUUUGAUUUAUCAGUUGUUGUUUUUUGUGUUCCUUUAAAAAAAAUAAAGACUUAACCAUAAAACAAGCUGAUUUUAAAAAAAAAAAAAAGACUUUUAGAUGAAGUAUAUUAUGUUAGUCCUAUUUUAUUGCAAAGUUUCUAGAAAAUUAUACAUUGGACUAAAAUUAGAAAUGCUUCUUCAUUUGCCAUACAUUGAUAUAUCUCUUUCUUGAUUAAAUUUUCAUGUACUCUGUAGAACGUUUUUAAUAUAAUUUUUUUUUAAUAUUGAUGUAAAGGGUAUGAGAAUCACUGUUGUUAUGUGUAGAGGAUUGUUUUCAUGUUUGAUAGGGAAAGAUGUUGAGUUAGAGAUGUUACGUGUAACAGUACCGUUUGUGUGAGAGUGUUGUGACGUAAUUGUAUAAGGUGAUAUGACGCGUUAGUUUUUGUUGUUGUUAUGGAAGAAUAGAGAUGGCCGCUGUGAGCUGUUCAAGACAUAGCUUGUUGUGAGAUGUUCAAGGCUUAGCUUUCUAUGUGUGAAGAUUCAGCUAGAUAGUUAGUGGAGUUGAACAUUGAUAAGUUUACAAAUGGUAUUGUGAAGUACACUGAUUUGUCAGGCUUACUUGGCAUAUUAAAACUAUAUAGUGAACUCAUAUCGAUAUAUCCAGUGUUUGUUGUCGGUCACACUGGUUUGUAUGGUACUAGGAUGUCCCAUAGAUGAGCGUCUGGAUUAGAAGAGUGGAUGACCACAGGACAUCAAGAGUUACAUUUCGACAAUUGACAAAAAUGAUCGAUCGAUCGAUCGAUCGAUCGAUCGAUCGAUCGAUCGAUCCAUCCAUCCAUCCAUCCAUCCAUCCAUCCAUCCAUCCAUCCAUCCAUCCAUCCAUCCAUCCAUCCAUCCAUCCAUCCAUCCAUCCAUCCAUCCAUCCAUCCAUCCAUCCAUCCAUCCAUCCAUCCAUCCAUCCAUCCAUCCAUCCAUCCAUCCAUCCAUCCAUCCAUCCAUCCAUCCAUCCAUCCAUCCAUCCAUCCAUCCAUCCAUCCAUCCAUCCAUCCAUCCAUCCAUCCAUCCAUCCAUCCAUCCAUCCAUCCAUCCAUCCAUCCAUCCAUCCAUCCAUCCAUCCAUCCAUCCAUCCAUCCAUCCAUCCAUCCAUCCAUCCAUCCAUCCAUCCAUCCAUCCAUCCAUCCAUCCAUCCAUCCAUCCAUCCAUCCAUCCAUCCAUCCAUCCAUCCAUCCAUCCAUCCAUCCAUCCAUCCAUCCAUCCAUCCAUCCAUCCAUCCAUCCAUCCAUCCAUCCAUCCAUCCAUCCAUCCAUCCAUCCAUCCAUCCAUCCAUCCAUCCAUCCAUCCAUCCAUCCAUCCAUCCAUCCAUCCAUCCAUCCAUCCAUCCAUCCAUCCAUCCAUCCAUCCAUCCAUCCAUCCAUCCAUCCAUCCAUCCAUCCAUCCAUCCAUCCAUCCAUCCAUCCAUCCAUCCAUCCAUCCAUCCAUCCAUCCAUCCAUCCAUCCAUCCAUCCAUCCAUCCAUCCAUCCAUCCAUCCAUCCAUCUAUCCAUCUAUCUAUCUAUCUAUCUAUCUAUCUAUCUAUCUAUCUAUCUAUCUUCAAUUCAUAAUGCACUGAUAAUAUAAUUAAAAUAUGAAAUGGGAAUUCAUGCUAAAGAAAAUAUAUUAUUGCAAUUUCAUUUCACAAUUGUCGUUGCAUUUACUAUAGGUUCAGUCUGAAGUGCUGUCCUUAGAUGUUGAAGAUAUCGACUUUCAAAGACGAUUUGAACAUAUGUACACACUAGUUCAACAAGUGAUUGUGUACAUCCUCUCAAAGACCAAUGAAUUUAAAGGUACUCGCCAUAAAUUAGAAACAUGCGUUGUCUGUAUUUUGAUUUAAUGUUCACUCAUGUUUUGGAAAGGUAUUGAUUUAAAUAAUAACUAAUUAUUCUGUAAGCAUUUUAUUUUGCAGAAUCAAAUCUUUAUGUAUUUUUGGCUCGCUUAAGUGCGUCUGCACCAGUGACGUAGUAGCCUUAGUAGCCCCCCAAAACGGCACUUUUUUCUCUAUAUAAUAUAGUUUUUUUCGAAAUUUUUACUUAGUGUAAACCAAAGAAAGGUGUUAAACGACUCAAGACAUCAUUUUAUUUUACUACCAAUCGCUACACAUAAGAUGAAUGAUAAUGUUUUAAACACAAUUUUUUGUGUUCAUAACAAUCGCAGUGGAUUACAAUGUCUUAACUUCUUUACUUACUUGCAGGUGCGUUAAAGAAUGGAACUGAAAAUCAACUCCUCUUCAGACCAGCCUCAAAUUCCAAAGCUCACUUAGGUUUUGUGUUAGAGGAUAAUGAUCAAGAAACUGGUAAUAAUUUAGAAAAACAUUAAGCCAAAUAUAAAAAAUCACGUGUUUUAUUUCUAUUAAAUGCUUUUUGAUAACGGUAAAUGGUAACAAGUAAGAAUAUUUUUUUUUAUGUUUCAACAUGAUGAGACUGUGGAAAACCGUUACAUAAGCGGGGCGCGAAGGGUUCGACCGCGCUGGGUCAAACUUUUGGUGGUUUUAAUAUAUAGAAAUCGUGUGUGUGUAUGUGUUAUGUAGGAGCUUGCUAACAAUCAAAGUACGCCACUGAGUAGGGCUAGACAGAAGCGUACCUAGAGUGUUUGGUUCUUGGGGACAAUAUUCAUGUUUAAGAACCUCCCGUUCUUUUUUCAACUCUCAAACCCAUUAUUUUCAUCAAUAAAAAAAAAAUAAAAACAAAUUUAGGCUCCUCUAACUAGUCUGGUGCUCAGGGAAUCUUUCCCCCCUUGCCCUCUUAGAUACGCCUCUUGGGGUUAGAUGUUGACUUUGCCCCUUUGCUGUCCAUCAUUUGAAGAUGCAGUACAAAGUAAUUUUGAUUUUUGCAGAAUAAUUAUUUUCCUAAGAGUACAUUUAUUUUAAGAAAGUUAAAUAAUAAACUUAAAUUUUGGUUUUCCUCUGAAAUGCGUAGGUUUACACGUUAAAAUGUUCUACUUUUGUACUUUGAAAAAAAAAUGUUAGUCAUUAUAUACAUGAUAUGUUUCAUCAAUUACGAAUGUUCACAGAAACCAUGACGUCUGACCAAAUAAGAAAAGACAUUGAAUCACUCGAGAAGAUUGUGUUCCGUAUGCAAAAAAGGAGUAAAGAAUUUGAAGAGAAACAAACGGCACUGGGAAAAACAUUUCAAGAUCUGCGCUGUCAUCAGGAAGACAUAAAUGAACAAAUUUAUUUAUUCAGAAAUGAAAAACAGGAAAAAGGCAAGGAAUUACAAAAAGGGCUAAAUGAUUUUGAGGACAAACUUGAUCAGAAUCAAGUCAAGAUUGAGACACUUGAGCAAGAAAUUAAAACAGUCGCAGACUCAGUGAAAGGCUUGACAUCUCAGUUCUUUUCCAGAAACAGUUUUGAAAAGGAUGCCAUGAAAUCUAUGGAAGAUUUGUCUAACAAAAUUGAGCGUUCAGAAGAUACAUUCGAUGCUAUUGCUGAAAAAGUUAAAAAACUUGAAGAUUCGCUUAAGUCCCUGUCUUGUAAGUUCUCCGAUCAACUUGAGAACCCCUGCACCCUCAGUGUUGAAAAAUAUGAUACAUUAGUAAGUUAUAUUAUUUUUAAAUAAUUUAAUUUUGUGAUUUUAUUUUUUCUUCUUUACUGUAAUUAAUCUAUGUAAAAUAAUCAUUAUUUUUAAACGUAAAAAAGCAAAAAAAAAAACAAAAAAAAACAAAAGCAGAAAAACGAUUCGUACUGAAGAAUAUUAUGUGACUUUAUUUUUAACUAACGAUUGCUUGAAGUUUUAUUUUGAUAAUUUUGUGCAUGUAUUAUUCAAGUGAAACUGUCUUGAAAAGUUUAAACCGUAAAAAUGAUGAAUGUAGGAUUAAUAAAGGAUAUAUUUUCCUGACAUCCCCCAUUCACAGCGUGACGAUGGUGUAAGCUUCGCAGGACGUAUUCACAAGACCUGGAAUUUUUCUUUAGGGGAAUAAACUGAUUCCCUAGACAACAAAUAACAUCUUUCCACGCACAUGGAUAAAACGAUUAAAAAGCAUGUGCCGAUGAUACAGCUUGGCACAAGUAGCGUCUACGUAGUUUUCAUUGUCUCGGGCAUAAGUAGUGUCGAAUUAGUUUUCAUUGUCUCGGGCAUAAGUAGUGUCGAAGUAGUUUUCAUUGUCUCGAGCAUCAGUAGUGUCGAAGUAGUUUUCAUUGUCUCGGGCAUCAGUAGUGUCGAAGUAGUUUUCAUUGUCUCGGGCACCAGUAGUGUCGAAGUAGUUUUCAUUGUCUCGGGCAUCAGUAGUGUCGAAAUAGUUUUCAUUGUCUCGAGCAUCAGUAGUGUCGAAGUAGUUUUCAUUGUCUCGGGCAUCAGUAGUGUCGAAGUAGUUUUCAUUGUCUCGGGCAUCAGUAGUGUCGAAGUAGUUUUCAUUGUCUCGGGCACCAGUAGUGUCGAAGUAGUUUUCAUUAUCUCGGGCACCAGUAGAGUCGAAGUAGUUUUCAUUGUGUCAAUGUUAAUCGCCUUACGGGUUUUUGAAUUUAGAAUGUUUCUUCUCUUAGAUGUGUUUCCAUUCACGGCUAACGAGUCCCAACAAGGUGCAGGUGGUGUUUUUGCUUGACUAGGUUUUUCUUAGCGAAUGAACUAUAGUUUACAAGCUCAGUAUUGACUCAGUUUUGACCGCCGGUCUACAAUCUCAAUACAGUGCAAAUCAAUAUAUUAUUAGGCUAUUUAAUACAUUAAAAAAUUUUUUAAACAGAUUAUUUAUUGAUUUUAGGAUAAGAAGUAUGGACUGCUUUGUCAGCUUGUUUUCAAGAGCCUGUCUUCCGUUGAGGAAUUAAAAGAUACUUUCAACACAAAUUUGGUGAUGAAAGAUAGCAGCACUUCAAAGGUAAAUAGAUCUACUGAUUAUUUUAAUCAUAAAUCUAAAUACAUUUUUCUACAUUAAAUUAAGUAGAUUUACAAAGAAAAAGGCCAGAAAUUAAAUGAAAAUUUUGCGCUCAAUUUGAAACACGUGAUAUGUGUUUUUAUGAUUCUCUUGUAAUAAAUGCUCUUGCAAUUUGGAAACACUUAAUUGUAAAUGUGUGUGGUUGAUUUUCAGAGAGAUGGCAUUGAAUAAAAUAUGAAAGUGGUGACCCGGGAAAUUGAAUCUAUCGGUGAGAGCUUCCCUUCAUAAAACUAAUCUUGUCAAUGGAAUUAAACAAUGCGGGUUCCUUUUACUGUUUGAGUUUCAAACAAGUUUUUUGUUAAGCACCUUAAUGACUUAAGCAUUUCUAAAUUUUAGAUUUAAAGAUGAACCAGUUUCAGAAAGAAUAUAUCUUUAAAAAGCCUCUUUUAUUUGUCAGGUUUUUUUUUCGAAAUGUUUUUCCUUAUAUUAUUAAGGAUCUAUUAAUUAGUUCAGAGGUUCCCAAACCUCAUCACAUUGGUGCCACGAAGGGUUUAAAAAAUCUCCUAAUGUAAUAGGAUUCAAUAUUUUUUAAACCCGUUUUGCAUUAGCCUUACAAAUGGUGCUUUUAUUGAUUACAUGUAGCGAAUAUUUUCGUUUAUAAAUAGAUAUAGCUUUCAUGUGCUUCUAGCUUUGAUUUAGAUUUGAAAGGUUUCAUCCGCGGAUUAAUGUUGUGAUUAUAUCACGUAAAGCUAUAAAAGUAAGUUUGUUCGUUUUUUUCUUUAAGUGUUCGAUUUUAAAACGGAGUGAUAGUGAAAAAAAAGUGUGUGACAACGCCAAAUGCUACCAACGUAUGAAGAAGCGAAAACAUCUUACAUAUUGGGACAUUUAUUUUGACUUUUGUGUUUCGUCCAUAAAAGUUGGUUUUAAAAGAGAGGCCAUAGAAUGACAGUGUUGGAGGCAUGCUACAAAGUAAAUUAAAAAUAAUUUUGAUAGACAUUCAUUAAAGCAUGGUUUGAUAAAUUAAGUGAUUGAUGCAACAUAAAAUAUUCGCAUUUUCGUUGGGCACUUGUUAAGAAUUUGUUUGGGGAUGACCUGGUAAAACGUGUAUUAAACGAGAGUUCGUGACUCACAAACAAAAAUUGAGAUCCACCGGUCUAAGAUAUAAAAUGUAAUAAUUUUUACUAUUGUUAUUUAAACAGAUCUAAAAUUUUGGGAAACUUUGGUGGCAUUCUCUGACUUUUCCGAACUUAAUCUGCCCCCACACUCAGACUUUUCGAAAGAUUUCAAACGUCACUGUUCUCUUCAAGGGGUGGAUGAAAGAAAAGGACUAUUUCCAGUAUCGGCCAAUGGGUUUUAUAGCAUCAGUACAUCCGUCAAAUAUAAGAAUAAUACGCUCUUGAACACACGCAUAUGCUAAACAACUAAAGGAUCUGACAGUGACACAGAGCCUGCCGAGUGUCACUUCCUGUAUCGAUUGCAAGGCGACGAGAGCGUCACUUACUUCACUGAGCUGUCAGAGGGAGAUUUGCUGCACUUAGAACUGCAAGAUAACGAUAAACGCACGCAUGUUCGAAUCGACUUCUCUUGUGCUUUGAUCAAGAGAUACAAUUUAAGAAAGCAUCCAUUUGAUCAUUUGUAUGAUUACAUGUAAUUUUUUUUAUGGCGUGCACACUUUUUUAAAAACAAAAUUACACUUACAAAAACAAAAACAAAAAAAGCAUGUGAUCCAUUUAUAAAUUGAUUAUUAAUAAAUCAAUUAAAGGUGUAUUCGUUUAAAUUUUAAAUAUUUUUCUUUAAAUUGUCACAUUUCAUGCGUGUGUUCAUCACUACUUAGCGAAGAAUAGCCACAAGUCUUUUUUUAAAAAGGUAUUAGUAAUUUUUAAAGCUUAUUGUCAAAUUGCGUAAUUAGAUGCGAUAGAUUCAGUCCAUGCUAAUUUUCAUUUUUUUUAAUAUUACUUUUUUAUUGUUAUUCGUGUUGUUAAAUUUUAUGCAUAAUAAAUUAACAUGUACCAUUUAAAAAAGGUUUACAAAUUGCAUCUCCACUUAAAUGUUAAUAAAAAUAUCCCAUUAUAAAAUGGGACGUCUGCCAUCCUAAAAUUUCUCUUGUCCCACGUACUAAUUCACCUCCCCAAGUAAGUAGUUUUUAGAUUAUACAGCUUUAACUAAUUUAAAAUAUACUUAGACAUGAGACAAUAAUUUUUUGCAUUUAUACAGUUUUCAUAGCCAUAAAAAAGAUCAUAGUGAUAACAGGUUAUAUAAAUCAACACACAAGUGUCACAUGUCAUUUUCCCAUCAAACGAUUUAAAUGUAUAUACUGAA